AUGCUGAAUUUUAUUCAUUCAGACAGUAUUUGGUCAAGAUUUAGUAUACUGAAUUGGCCCUCCUUUUGCAGUGCAACUUUAUUGAAGUCCAACAAUCCAUUGAGAGUUGUUGAACAAAAGAAAUGGACAGAUAAAGUAGAGGGCAGUUCUUCUGGACAUUUAGUCAGUCAAUUGAUAACCGACUUUUCUGAUGCCAGAGAAAUGUUGAAGUCCUUUCAGGAUGAAUUGUUCAGUAUGGUGGCUGGAAUAAGCGAUGGUGAGGUACUUACCUCAAUGCGCAGGUUGGAGGAAAAUGUCGAAAGAGGAUGUCUGGCUAUUGAGACAAGGCAGAGAACACUGGAGCAGAGACAGACUCUGCUAGAGGAGAGACAGGCUCGUUUCAAGUACAAUAUGCAGAGAUACCUGCUUUAA